AUGAGCGAGUUCACGCAUGCUUCGACGCCACCGUCCGGCAAGGCAGGGUCCGUGAGGGAAGCGCAUGAAGUGACAAACACCGAUUUGAUUGUUGUCGAGACAACCUCUCACGGUGAGGUUCGAUACACCCGUACGGAAGAACGCCGUUUAGUGCGCAAGAUCGACGUCGUCGUCGUCCCCAUUCUCCUUGUACUCUUUCUCCUAGGUUUUCUCGAUCGAAGCAAUAUUGGCAACGCAAAGCUCGACGGCCUGGUCGAAGACAUCAACCUGCGAGACUACUCGACUGCCCUUACACUCUUCUUUGUCGGCUACGUCGUCGGCGAGGUACCCGCCAACAUUGUUCUCAAAAAGACAUCACCACCAUUAUGGCUGCCGACGCUGACGCUCGUCUGGGGUAUCAUCACUGUGGUGCAAGGUCUCGUCCACAAUCAAGCAGGCCUGUUUGCCGUUCGCUUCUUUCUCGGUCUAAGUGAAAGUGGCGUAUUCCCAGGCUCGGUCUUUGUUUUCAGCAUGUUUUACCCCCGACAGGAACGACACUAUCGCGUCGCGCUGCUCUUUUCCGGUGCUGCCUUUUCGGGCGCCUUUGGAGGUAUUCUGGCCUACGGUAUCGGAUACAUGCGUGGAGUUGGUGGCAAGGCCGGGUGGUCCUGGAUUCUGAUUAUUGAGGGUUUGCUUACUAUUGUCGUAGCGCUAGCUGCCUACAAGAUUGUACCACAUUACCCCUUGAGGUCUCGCUCGUUUUCGGAUCGCGAAAAGGCCAUAAUCGCCGCAAGAAUGCAAGCGGAUCGCGACUCUUUGGAUGAGGAGUCAUUCUCGUGGGACGGCGUCAAACAAGCCUUCACAGAUCCUUAUGUAUAUCUCUACGGACUUCUCUUCCACGGCUACGCCUUCGCACUAUACACCAUCUCGCUCUUUAUGCCGACCAUCAUCAAUGAUCUUGGCUUUUCCGCAGCCAACGCCCAGCUGCUCACAGUGCCACCGUACUUCCUCGCCUUCGUUUUCACCAUGGGCAUCGCCCACAUUUCGUUUGUGGUCAACCGUAGGCUCGUCUUUAUCAUCGGCUGCGCAGUCCUUUCCAUCGUAGGCUAUGUUGUUCAAAUCACUUCGCCAACCGUAGCAGGACGAUACGUGGCUAUCUUCAUCACCACGCCUGGCGUAUACGCUGGGAACGCACUGUUACUAUCGCUGCCCUCCGAAAACGUCUCUAGUCAGACGAAACGAGCCACAGCUCUUGCGAUGCAGAUCGCGUUUGGUAACAUGGGUAGCAUUGUCGGUGUACAGCUGUACCGCCGUCCGCUGGGUGGACUCAGGAAUCCCCACUACCACAUCAGCCACGGCUUGAGCAUCGUCUGGCUCGGUUUUGGUAUCGGAGCCGCUUCCGCCCUUUGGUUCCUUCUUAGCCGUGAGAACCAACGUAGAGAUGCGCUGCAAGUCAGUCGGGAGAACGAUAAGAGCCAAGAAGAGACUGACGAGGAGCGCAAACGGCUCGGUGAUCGCCGUCUCGAUUGGAGAUACCAUGUUUGA